UUUUACGUCAAGCAUGAGAUGUGGGCGUGAAGCAGAGAGAGAAAAAACACGAGGCAUUACCGCCUAUUCUUAACGGGGUGCACCAUUUCACUCCUCUGCGCCUCACCGCACGGGAAAAUCACACAGAGUUUCUGAAUAGCUGCUCGAACUAAACGGCGAUGUACAACGUUCAGAUCUGGCAAUCUUUUCCCAUCAAAACUAUCUAAAAUUGGCAUACACUCCAAUGGUUUUACUGGACGUAGGAUGGGAUUAACUUUGACCGGAAGAUAUAUUUCAUUGUUUCUUGCUGUUCAAAUAGCCUAUUUGCUGCAGGCGGUUCGAGCGGCUGGGAAAUGUGAUACAGUGUUUAAAGGUUUCUCAAACUGUCUGCUUCGACUGGGAGAGAACAUGGCCAACUAUCCACAGGAGCUGGACGACAAUGAAAACCUCCAGACCAUCUGCACUUACUGGGAUGAUUUCCAUUCAUGUGCGACCACUGCACUGGCAGACUGUCAGGAAGGAGCCACAGAUCUGUGGGAGAAGCUGAAAAAAGAGUCCAGAAAUCUGGACUUCCGCGGCAGCUUGUUUGAACUGUGUGCUGGUGGAAACGGGUCGAGCCGGUCUGCUGUUCCGUUCGGCUUAACACUCAUCCUGACUGCACUGUCUACGCUCGUGACGUGGCUUCAGUUUUAACCCACGGGAAAGCAAGAAAACACAACACAAAAAAACAAGAGAAGAGACGAGAAAAAAACAAGAACAACCAUCAACACGAGAAUACAAAAAUAAAAUAAAAAAGAAUAACGAAGGUCAACAUUCAUCCUUACACAAAUGGAUUUAUAUAUUUCAUGUGAAGAAAAGACAAUUUUUGCAAGAGACAAUGGCAAGCAGAGGUCUUCUGGGAAUGCUCAAGCACAUUUGCCUGACUCUGGGUCGAUUUCAUGAAAUAUUUAUCAGAUAUUGAGUUGAAAUGACGGCCUGGAUUUAUGAAAGGUCCUGGUUAGAAUAGCAGCAUUUUAUAACAUGUCUGUUAUGAAUGAAUUAUUACUGUAGGCUUUUCACAUUCUCAAUGGUCAUCAUGCAUAUAGAAAGAUAGGAAAUAUUCUGCCAUCAGUCAUAUUCUCAUUUCGUACCAUUUUGUCAAUAUUUAGUUUGCAUAUAUUAACAUUUAUUUUAGUCAAGCCAAGUAUUUGGAUGUGUGAGGGGGUUGGAUAUUUUGCUAACCCACCAGUUCAGAAAUAUAUAGGGAACAUCUCUAAUAAUCACGAUGCUAAUAAUAAUAAUAUAUAAUAAUAAUAAUAACAAUAAAGAAACCUCAGGAAUGACUACAGGCAUCUAUUUAGUGGAAUACGACAGGAAUACAGAAGGACAGAGACAACAUAAGGAAAAUAAGCUUUUAAUAAGGAAAAAUUUAACUUGAGCAUGUCAUACUGUAUGUAGCCAGGAAAAUGGUGUGAGAAAAAGGAUGUGAGAUGAGUUGACUGUUGUCAUUAUUUUUCAGAUCUAUUUAGAAAAGAAAAUCUAUUCCAUUGCAUUUCAAAAAAAUAUUUGUCUCUUUAUGUGUAGGACUUAUAAAAGUAUAAAGGUAACACUUUACAUUACAGUGGCAGUGUUAUCCCUUACAUAUACCAAUGUGUAAUUGCGAGCAGCUUCAGAAAAAAAUUACACAUUAAGUACACGUAGUUCAUUAUUAUGACGCAGUACUUACGUAAUAACACUGCAAUGUAAAGCGUGGCCCGACAGUAUCGUAGCACGACAGUAUCCGGACCUUGACAUUACUAGUUGGAUGAAGUGAAUUUUGCUAGCUUUAUUUGAUGUUGCCAAGGCAUAGACCACGUUUCACUGCCUUCAAAAGAUGUGUAUUUUGUUUGUUCGUUCGUUUGUUCGUUUCUGGGGAUGUUGCAUAUGAAAUACCUGAAUACCAUAAGUAAAUAAGUAUGUGAAAUGAAAAAGAGAGAUACUUUAUCAGUUUUAAAAACAGAUUGAUUAUACAGGUAUAUAAAAUAGACUGCUAAAAAGUAUUUAAAGAGUAUUAAAUAAAAACAGUUACUGUUUAAAAGA